AUGAGCGUGCAAAAGGUUGCGUUGAUCACGGCGGGCACCGCAGGCCUGGGCGCUGCCAUUGCUCGCGUGCUUGCGCCUGAAUUUCGUCUGGCGAUCAACUACGCCAAUAACCAAUCAAGGGCAAGAGCCCUGAUAGAAGAACUUGAGAAGAUCCCAAGCACAACAGCAUCGGAAUCGCCUCGAUUUGAACCGAUUCAGGCUGACGUGGGAGAUCGUGCGGCGAUUCAGGAGCUGGUCAGGCAAACUGUGGCCAAGUUUGGCCGUAUCGACGUGGUCAUCUCCAACGCAGGCUGGACUCGCAUCACCAAUUUCACCAAUCUCGAAGAGGGUAUGAUAGAUGAGGACUGGGACCGGUGUUUUCUCUACAAUGUCAAAGCACAUCUCUGGCUGAUGCAUGCUGCCAAGCCAGAGUUGGAAAAGACAGAGGGCGCCUUCAUAAACACCGCCAGUAUCGCAGGCGUAAAGCCUGGAGGCAGCUCAUUGCCUUAUGCCGUAACAAAAGCCGCCUCGAUCCACCUCGCAAAGUCCCUGGCGGUUAUUUGUGCACCCAAGAUACGUGUCAACACGGUCAGCCCGGGGCUGCUACUCACUGAAUGGGGCAUGAAGUUUCCCGAGUCGAAGAGAGAAGCUGCAACAAAGGCUACGAAGCUGAAACGAUUGGCGACAGUCGAGGACGUGGCGGCACUUGUAAACACCUUGGCCUUAAACCAAAGCAUGACUGGACAGAACGUCCUUCUAGACAGCGGCUCAAAUCUGUAG